AUGUAUCAUGCUCUGAUUUUGUUCCCUAACCCCUCCGCAGGUACGAGCAGCAGCAGCGCUGGCAGCAGGUCGAGGCAAACGCUGAAGGGACACAUGGCAGCAGCAGGUGCGCGCUCGGCUCCUGCAAGGCGAUCCAUGGCUGUGCGGGCCAGUGCUGAAGCGACCAACGGUGCCAGCGAGGUGGUUCCCCCUCGCAGUGUGUCUGUGGUGCUGCUGGCAGGCGGAGUGGGCAAGCGCAUGGGGGCCAAUAUGCCGAAGCAGUACCUGCCGGUGUGCAACCAGCCUAUAGCUCUCUACAGCUUCUUCACGUUUGCGGCCAUGCCUGAGGUGAAGGAGAUCGUGGUCGUUGCCGACCCCAGCUACCACGACCUCUUCCAAGAGGCCUCUGCUCGCAUCACGAUCCCACUCAAGUUUGCGCUCCCAGGCAAGGAGAGGCAGGACUCGGUGUUCAACGGGCUGCAGCAGAUCAGCGCUCACUCCGCGCUUGUUGCCGUGCACGACUCAGCUCGCCCCCUUGUCACUCCCAAGGACACCCUCCAGGUCUUUUCUGAUGCCAUGACUUAUGGGGCUGCUGUGUUGGCUGUGCCAUCCAAGGCUACCAUCAAAGAGUCGGACGGCAAGGGCUUUGUGCAUCGCACUCUGGACCGGCGGCUGCUGUGGGAGAUGCAGACGCCGCAGGUGAUGCGCCCACAGCUGCUGCGCGACGGCUUCGAGCUCGUCAACAGGGAGGGCCUGGAGGUGACAGAUGACGUGUCCAUUGUGGAGUAUCUCAAGCAGCCUGUCAAGAUCACUGAGGGUGCCUACACCAACAUCAAGGUUACAACUCCCGAUGACUUGUUGCUAGCGGAACGCAUUAUUGGUUGCUCCAUAGAGAAAUCCCCUGUUGCAGCAGCUGCGUAA